GCUUUGUUCUUCACAGCUCAUCAUCUCAUAUCUUCAAUUCUUGUCCCUCAAGUUUCCUCUCUUUCUUGCUUUUUAUUUUGCUUGAGCAACAAAAAACUGUGUAGAUUGCAUUAACAGAUGGCUUUUGAAAUGAGAGCUGCAUUCGCCAUCUGUUUGGCGCUUUUCAGCUUGCGAAGCGUUAUGGUGAUGGGUGAAGGAGGUGUGGAAUGUGAAAAACUGCCAGUAGAGAUGUGUGCUUUCUCUGUUUCAUCGUCCGGAGCUCGUUGUGUGCUGGAGAAGAAAUACACUUUCGUCCCCUCCACACACGAAUCUUCAGUAGAAUACCAGUGCCAGUCAUCGGGCGUAAUGGCGGAGAAGAUGAUGGAAUGGAUUGAGAGUGAGGAGUGCCUUCAAAGCUGUGGUUUGCAGAGAAUGAGUGUGGGUAUGUCCACUGACGAUCUCUCCGCAUAUUCUGAUUUCACCUCUAAAUUGUGCUCAGACAAGUGCCAAAACAGCUGCCCCAACAUUGUGAAUCUGUACCUCAAUCUGGCUGCAGGAGAAGGAAUAUAUUUACCUCACCUGUGCGAAGCUCACAAAACACGAAGCAGGAGAAUGAUGUUCGAGAGUGUUGCACCUGGGCCAACUGUGAAGACCUUUUCCCUUGCUGGAGUUGCCCCUGCACCCUACUAGAACAUAUAUUAUAUGCUUCUUUGCCAAUAAUAUUGUAUUUAAUCAAUACUAUGUUGUCCAUUAUUUAUAGAUUAAGUAAUCUAUGGAUUUAGAAUUUCGCAUGUUGUCAAUCUAAAUAAUGUCAGGCAUUUAUGGUUCUGUGUACGAUCUACAUGAAGGAUUUUAAUUAAGAAGCAUAUCAGUACGAUUUGCUGGUAUCUUUUCGGCUUUUAA